AGCUGGAGGUGGCCGUCUGCAAGUUCUUCCACCAAGGGCAACGGCCCUUCCAGCACGUUGGUGGGGAGAAGACGGUGAUGUGCAAGCACUGGCUGCGAGGGCUCUGCAAGAAAGGCGACGGGUGCAACUUCCUGCACGAUUGCAACACGACCAAGAUGCCCGAGUGCUCUUUCUCCUCCAAAUUUGGUGAGUGCAAGGACUGUCCCUUCCUGCACGUUGAUGCCACUGUCAGCAGCUGUCAGCGCUGUCCCUGGUAUGACCGUGGGUUCUGCAGGCACGGUGCCCUGUGCAGAUACAAGCACACGCGGAGGGUGAUGUGUGCCAACUAUCUCGUCGGCUUCUGCCCGGAAGGCCCCAAGUGCAAAUUCAUUCACCUCAAGGCUGGGCUGACAACAAGCAGCGGGGAUCCACCCAAGAUUGCUGACUGUACUUGGGGGCUGGCACAAGUGGAUCUGGCCGCCGGCGAGGAGAGCAGAUGCAGAGACCCAUCACCCAUGGAGCACCCUCUGCCACUUGCCAGUGCUGCUCAGCACCUGACAGGACAGAUGUGGGACACCAGGAGCUGCCCCCGGGCCCACAGAACCUGCUUGAAUGAGACAUCUUCAUCAAGUGCAGACAGGAAGGUCACUACGCCAGUCAGCGUGGGAAGGCUCGGCUGGAAAUCCCGCUGGGGAAGCGACUCGAGUGCUCUCGCACGCAUGGUGGAAGGAGGACACCGUAAAGCCCGAUGGAGCCAGCGAGACGGCUGCUAG